GGGUAUAACAGUAUGUGAUAUGUGAUCAUGAAUCCUGUCAUUGUGGUAAUAAAAAUGCACUCAAUAUAAUGUUUGAAUUAAAAAUCAAAUAAUGAUUGUGCUUAUGUUAGAGCUAAAAAAGAAUUUAAACAUUAUGUAGUGUAUGUAGGUAUGCCUCGAAAAAUGUGUUAUUGCAAUUCCAGCGCUGCAAAUGACGCGAGAGUUCCUUUUUGAUUCUUCCUUGCAGGGGUGAAGAUGCCUUGCACAGGGGUGAAGGAUGUUGAUCAACAGCAGUUUGUUGUUGAUAUGGCGGCCUUCCUGAAAAAAUCGGGCAAGGUUAAGGUUCCGGAAUGGGCCGACAUCGUGAAGACGUCGACGGCCCGCGAGCUGGCGCCAUACGACCGGGACUGGUUCUACAUUCGGACGGCCUCCAUCGCGCGCCACCUCUACUUGCGGCCCAACGCCGGACUCGGCGCCCUCAAGAAAAUCUACGGCGGCCGCAAACGCAACGGCGUGCGGCCCAACCACUUCCAGGUGUGCCACGGCAACCACCUGCGCAAGGCGCUGCAGCAGCUUGAGGCACUCAAGAUGGCGGAGAAGACGCCAGAGGGUGGCCGACGGCUGACCAACCAGGGCCGCCGCGACCUGGACCGUAUCGCCUCUCAGGUGUACCGCAAGAUGGGUUCGCAGCAGCUAACCACCCAGCCGGUGGUGAUCACGGCGCCGGCCGCUGCCGAGUGACGCCAGUACACUGUGACACUGUGACCCAAUACACGGAGCGCGGAGGUGA